GGACCUCGCGCCUCAAAUGGUCUGUUUCACAACCCGAAUAAUGGCAUUCUGCAACUACCAGUCUGUCAUCUUCUACACAUUAUACUAAUGAUCAAUUUGCUACUAACUUGUUAAAAGUUAGAUACCAGUCGGAAUGGAUCAAUCGUAUAUUUAUCCAACAGUGUACACUUGAACAUUUGACAUAGGAUGAUAUGAUACAUCGAACCGGAUUAUCAAAUCGAUUACUCAGUUAUAUGUAAAUCAAUAAACUUCAGUAAAAGGACGCUUGAAAACUUACUUCUAAUUUUAUAGAUGGCCUGAAUGGACGUAAUCCUGUCCAUUCUUCAACUAUUGAUAUUCAACUAGAAUACAAUCAUCAGCACAUUGAAAUCUUAGUUCAUUUACCUCAAUCGACAUCAUGAAUAACAAUAUUCUUCUUGCAACCACGUUUAUAAUUCUUUCACUUCAUGCUUCAUACACUGCUCAUAUGAACACAAGUCUAACAGCAUCGUUUAGUAUUGGUUUAGGAAUAACAACAUUUGAUGUCAUUAAACAAAUGGUAUUAACAUCUAUGACUCAAUCAAAUAAACCAACUAGUCCAUUAUUGUUUAAUUUUACGGAUCCUCAAAAUACACUUAGCAAAUGGAUUGAAGUAUCAGAUACAGUUCGAGUUGAAGGAAGAUCUAAAGCUACACUUGUACCACAUAUUGGAUAUAAUUAUCGAUCAGCAAUCUUCUUUUAUUUACUUAAUCCACAACCAAGUGGUGCUUGUUUUGCUGGUGUCGACUACAUAUUAGAUGCUUGGGAUUUGUCAGCAUAUACAGGUGUUGUGAUUGAUCUACAUAGACAAGGUCAAAAUUCUAAUUUCAAAUUGAUCUUCUAUGGAAAUGUUCAGAAAUAUUCACUUGUCAAUCAUAUGAGUCGUUUUUCGAGACAUCUGGAGAACGUCAACAAAUAA